AUGAAUGCACCACCCGUUCCUUUCUCCUCGCUCCCGCUCGACAAGUCCAACGCGGCGGCGCGACUCAAUGCUUGGGGCGCGCACGGCGAGACGGAUGAGCUGGGCUUCCUGAACCGCCAGACGCCGUUGAGCGUGAGGGUGGCGGCGCUAGAGAUCCAGACGGGCGUGCGCGUGUCGCUGGACGCUCCGUUGGACUUCCAGGGCCAGAAGCCGCUGUUCGGGAGACAGGUGUUUGUCAAGGACGUGUACCAGAAGAAGCCGCGAAUCGUGCACGACGACACGUGGUCGUUCAACACGCAGAGCUCGACGCAGUGGGACGGGCUGCGCCACUUCGGGUACCAGCAGGCCGGACUGUUCUACAACGACACAACGGUCGAGGACAUCGCGGGGACGUCGAACAAGGGCGCCAAAAACCCAAACAUCCUGGGCAUCCACAAGGCGGUCGAGCGCGGCGGCAUCAUGGGCCGCGGCAUUCUUGUGGAUUUCCGGCGCUGGCUCGAGGAAGGGCCCGGGAAGGACAUCGUCAAGCCGGGCGAGUUUAAGCAGUUCGAGACGUCGGCCAUCAAGUUCGAGUGGAUCCUCGAGACCCUCAAGUGGCAGAACAACACGACGCCGCGCUUCGGCGACAUCCUGAUCGUGCGCUCCGGCUUCUUCAAGUCAUACUACUCGAUGAUGUCCACGCCCGAGGGCCAGGCCGAGAUCCAGCGCCUGACAUCCAUGUCGCCUCCCGGGCUGGGGGGUGUCGAGCAGUCCGACGAGGUCCUCAACUGGAUCUGGGACAACUUCUCCGCCGUCGCCAGCGACCACCCUUCCUUCGAGCGCUGGCCCUCCCCCUUCCACUGGAGCAUGCACGAGGUCCUCCUUGCCGGCUGGGGCUGCAACAUCGGCGAAUUGUUGGAUCUCGAGGCCCUCAGCAAGGAGUGCGCCAAGCAGAACCGCUGGAGCUUCUUCGUCGCCAGCGUCCCCUGCUAUGUGCCCGGCGGGGUCGCCAGUCCGGUCAACGGUGUUGCUAUUUUUUGA